CAUUAGUGUCAGAGAUUUCCAUUUAGAUCAGCAGCUCCAACUUCUCACCAUGGACACAUCUGAGAAGACGGAAGUGGUUCUCCUGGCCUGUGGUUCUUUUAAUCCAAUCACCAACAUGCACCUCAGGCUGUUUGAGCUGGCCAAGGACUACAUGAAUGCAACAGGAAAAUACAGAGUUAUCAAAGGCAUAAUCUCACCUGUUGGUGAUGCAUACAAGAAGAGAGGACUCAUCCCGGCCCACCACCGAGUUAUCAUGGCAGAACUUGCCACCAAAAAUUCACACUGGGUGGACGUAGACACAUGGGAAAGUCUUCAGAAGGAGUGGGUGGAGACCGUGAAGGUGCUCAGACACCAUCAGGAAAAGCUGGCAGCUGGCAACUGUGAUCACCCACAAAGCUCACCUGCUGUGGAAAGGCCUGGGCGGAAGAGGAAAUGGACAGAACAAAAGCAAGAUUCCAGCCCAAAGAAGCCGCAAGAGCCCAAAGCAACAGGUGUGCCCAGGGUGAAAUUGCUGUGUGGGGCAGAUUUACUGGAGUCCUUCAGUGUGCCCAACUUGUGGAAGAUGGAGGACAUCGUGCAAAUCGUGGCCAACUAUGGGCUCAUAUGUAUCACCCGGGCUGGCAGUGAUGCCCAGAAAUUCAUCUACGAGUCCGACGUGCUGUGGAGACAUCAGAGCAACAUCCACCUGGUGAACGAGUGGAUCCCCAAUGACAUCUCAUCCACCAAGAUCCGGAGAGCUCUCAGGAGGGGCCAGAGCAUCCGCUACUUGGUACCAGACCUUGUCCAAGAGUACAUUGAAAAGCACGGUUUGUACAGCUCCGAGAGUGAGGACAGGAAUGCCGGGCUCAUCCUGGCUCCCCUGCAGAGGAACAUUGCAGAAGCUAAGCACAGCCAUUCCACACUAUGAGACUGUGCGUGACGUCACACGCUCUUCUGGAGAUUCAAACCGAUCUGGUGUGAGUAUCUCAGGGAAGUAAUUGCCAUCCUGUUUUAUAGACUGAAGCUUAAAGGUUUGAUUAAAAAAAAAAAUGGGAUUCAAGAUCAGUUG